GGGGGCGCUUUACGGCCGGAGGGUAGGGCGGGUCCUAGGCCGGAGGAAGGAGGCCCAGCUGAGGGGCGGGGGUGGGGUGGGGUGGGGAGAGACUUUUUUUGCGGCAGGACGUAAGUGACGGCGAAGACGGUGCGACAGCAGCUGGAGGGCCGAGGAGGCGGCGCGGCGCGUCCGGUCCUCGCCAUGAGGCCGCAGCAGGCGCCGGUGUCCGGCAAGGUGUUCAUCCAGCGAGACUACAGCAGUGGCACCCGCUGCCAGUUCCAGACCAAGUUCCCCGCGGAGCUGGAGAACCGGAUUGAUAGGCAGCAGUUUGAAGAAACAGUUCGAACUCUAAAUAACCUGUAUGCAGAAGCUGAGAAGCUUGGGGGCCAAUCCUAUCUUGAAGGCUGUUUGGCUUGUUUAACAGCAUACACCAUUUUCUUAUGCAUGGAAACUCAUUAUGAGAAGGUUCUGAAGAAAGUCUCCAAAUACAUUCAAGAGCAGAAUGAGAAGAUAUAUGCUCCUCAAGGCCUCCUCCUGACAGAUCCUAUUGAGAGAGGACUUCGAGUUUUUAGAUUGAAAUUACCAUUUAUGAAGACAGAAGCAUAAGCAGUGGAAGAUAAACCAUAAAAUUAAAGAUCCCGCCUCCAGCUGGGAUCCUCGUGUGUCCACUGGCCGAUCGCAGAGCGUCCCUACCUCCUCUCCAGAGCAUCAUUCCUUUGUAUCUGCUGCCAGAGCCACGGUGCCAUUUACUCCAAGGACUAACUUUCUAAAAUUCCACACCUGGAGCGACCUACAGUCGCUCAGCAUCCACUUUGUGUCUCCAGAUUGUGUAGGACUCUGUAACCUUUUGAUUCGUUCCUGAGAGAACACAAUGAAGCAUUUCACUUUUUUUAUUCAAAGCCAUUUAAUAAAAUAAAAAAUACGCAGUUGGUCAGCCCAGCCCAAUGCAAAGUUUAUUUCUUCUCUGCCACCAGUAUGCACCAUUGGUUCUCUCCAUUCUUUGGGCCAGCUUCUCAGGUGGCUUUGGGCCUCAUCAUGUCAUAGCUUAGCCAGUAUUCAGUCUUAUUCCCCAAAAUUAACAAAAUGCUUUUCUCCAGGAUUUUGGUGAGGGGUUGGCUGUGUCUGUGGUUUGGCUAAUGCAUCUCCCAGAUUUCAAAGAACUAC